ACUAUAUAUGCUUGCAGUAUGUAUAUAUAUAAACAUAUAUUAGAAAGGACAGUGUAACUGUGUUCCAUGUUUAAGCGAAAAGAUAUCAAUGCUUAUCUGCUCUUUGUGAGCACUAACUUCGGUGUAUCCAUUCUUCUCCUUUGGCUUAAUCUUGCUUUCUGACCAGAAAUCAGCAAAGUGUGAGCUCAUGGUUCAGCAUAGCCACCCGCGCGACACCCGCCCCAAUAGAGCAUCCCUACAUUAGCCUGCUAUCCUAUAUCAACAGCUGUCACUCCAACAUACGAUAUAGAUUCAACAGGAUCAAUAUAUAUGAGUCUCAAACGCGAUCAUCAGGGGCAAUAUUUCCUGUCUAUAUUGGUCUAAUUGUUUUUUAAGCUGCAAAUGGCGGACCACUCUAAAGCCACGUCUCAAAAAGCACAAUCUGAGUAUACGAUGCCUAUUGCCUCACCCCCGCCAUAUUCUGCUUCAGCAACUACUGGAACCGGAAGUCAAGGGCCCCUCCUUUAUCACAACUGGCAGGAGACUGUGCCCGAUACAGCAACGCUUCCACCGCCACCGAUCGCUGGGUUUUUCUCCUCAAGUACAGGAAAUGCCUGCUGCGACGAUGCAGAGCGUGCCCACGCCUUUUGUGAUAAGCUUCCCCUGAAUAUUCCCCUCAAGCCAUUUGAUUCUCUGUACAGAUCUGCUCAGGAAUAUGAUCUGAACCCUGCAGAGUCACCAAGGUUUGGUGGGAAGCUAUCCGUUGUCAAAAAGGGGCACUGGAAAGGAUCCACAAGAGAUGGGAAUGUCGACUGUCUUCUGACUACAGAUUUGCCCCUCUACUUUUCCCUCAAAGAUUCUCCAUUGCUUAUCAAAACAAGUAAAACUAUUUACUUUGAAGUAAGACUGCUUGGCCUCCGCGUAGGUCCGCAAGGGCAGUCUGCCGAGGCCAGCGGGUUCUCUAUUGGGUUUGUGGCACAACCAUAUCCCAACUGGAGAUGUCCAGGAUGGGAAAGGGGUAGCCUCGGCGUCUUCUCUGAUGAUGGUUGUCGCUUUGUGAAUGACUCUUGGGGUGGGAAGGGGUUCACGAGCAAGUUCAAUGUAGGAGAGACAGUUGGUUUGGGGAUGAAAUUUCACUUCCCCACCAUGGCCACCUCGGUUUCGGUGGGUGCAGACGCGAAGGUUGAUGUCGAUAUCUUUUUUACCCGUGACGGUCAUAAAGUCGGGGGCUGGAACCUUUACGAGGAGUUGGAUGAGGAUUCUGGAGGGGUAGAGGGUCUAGGAGGAGAUUUCGAUCUGUAUGGCGCCCUCGGACUAUUCGGAGGUGUGGACUUCGAGGUUUUAUUUAAUCCUGCAGAUUGGUUAUGGGCUCCUGGAGAGGACACCUAAUCGUCGCCAUUCUGUGCCUUAUAUUGCUCCGGGCAACGCAAGCCAAUGCAUGUAACUCUGUCUUAGUGAACGUUCACGGAAUGUUAGCAAUUUACACCCU